AUGACGGUCGACGGCACGGUCGACGGCACGCUCGCCAACACGUUGCCAGUGUCUGCGUCUGGCCAUGGCCUCCAGAAGCCGCAGCGGGUGCUCGCGUGCGUGCUGUGCCAGCAGCGCAAGAUCAAAUGCAACCGUCGCUUCCCGUGCUCCAACUGCACCCGCGCCCGCAUCGAGUGCGUGCCCGCCACCUUAGCCCCCCGCCGCAAGAGACGCCCACCCCCAAGCGAGCGCGAGUUGCUCGAUCGCAUCCGCAGCUACGAGCACCUGCUCCGCCAGAACAAGGUCAAGUUCGAGCCAUUUGCCAACUCUCGUCCCACGCCUAUGAAGUCGGAGCCUCCUACUAACGCCAGCGCCUAUGGCCACGACGACUCCGACUACGACUUGUCCGAGACCACUCGCGCUGACUUCAGCGACACGUCCGACGACGAGGCCGACGAGUCCGUCAUCAGUAAGGCGUCGGUGCGGCGGGCCUUUGACCAGGCGUACCGCAGCCCCGAGAGCGACCACCUGCUGCUGGGGGGCCCGACGACGGCCGUCGACCUGUCGACGCUGCACCCCGAGCCGGUGCAGAUCUUCCGGCUGUGGCAGAUCUACCUCGACAACGUCGACCCGCUGCUCAAGGUCACGCACACGCCGACCCUGCAGGGCCGCAUCAUUGAGGCCGCCGGCAACGUGGCCGGUCUCAGCCCGCCGCUCGAGGCGCUCAUGUUCGCUAUCUACUGCAUCGCCGUCGUCAGCGUCGACCCCGACGACUGCCCGGCCGUGCUGGGCGCACCCGAUGACACGCUGCUCCGCGGCUACCGCUUCGGCUGCCGCCAGGCCCUGUCCAACUGCGGCUUCCUGCAGACGGCGGACCGCGAGUGCCUGACGGCGCUGUUUCUGUACCUGAUCUCGGUCGGACACAGCACGCACCCGCGGCCGCUGUCGUCGAUGCUCGGAGUGGCGAUGCGCAUCGCGCAGCGCAUGGGGCUGCACCACGAGGCGGCGCUAGCGCGGUGCACGGCGCUCGAGGCGGAGCAGCGGCGGCGGCUGUGGUGGGCGCUGGUGUUGUUUGACUCGCGCACCGGUGAGAUGGCCGACGCUGGCGAUGCCACGCCGCUGACGCCCACGUGGGACUGCCGCGUGCCGCUCAACGCCAACGACUCGGAGCUGCGGCCCGAGAUGGCACCACCACCACCAGCAGCCGCACCAGCAGCCGCAGCAGCAGCAGCAGCCGCAGCAACACCCAAGGACACCGCCACCGCCGAAAAGCCCACUGAGGCCAUCUUCGCCGUCAUGCGCGCCGAGCUGGGCAACCACCAGCGCUUCGCACCCUUCUACCUCGACUUCGUCGCGCCAGCCCUGAAACCGCUCGCGCACGCGCCCGGUAGCUACGCGGCCUCCACCGCCGCCUUCGCGCAGCACAUCGAGGCCAAGUACUUGCAGUCCUGCGACGCCGCACUCCCACUACACUACACGACCAUGUGGAUGGCGCGGGGCCAGCUGGCGAAGCUGCGCAUGGUCGAGCACUACGCCGUCGGGGCCAACUCUGGAUCGUCACAGCUGUCCGACGCGCAGCGCGACGCCGCCAUGGAGUACCCGUUCGCGAUGCUGCACGCGCACACGCAACUCCUCGUCGCGCCGCGGCUGACGGCGCGCUUCGCGUGGCUGGUGCGGUACUUCUUCCCGUUUCCCGCGUACGUGCACAUCGUGCACGACCUGCGGCGGCGGCCGCUGGGCGCGCUGGCCGACCGCGCGUGGCGCGCCAUGACGGCGCACUUUGCGGCCGCCGUCGCUGACGCAUGCGUGCUCGCGCCGCGGCGCCUGACGGAGCACGGGCCCAUCAUAGGCAUCUUUGGGCGCACCGUGCUGCAGGCGUGGGCGGGCCGCGAGGAGGCGGCUGCGCGCGCUGGGCUGCCGCCGACGAGGGAUGAGGAUGUGCCGGGCAUUGUGCGCGAGGUGAGGCGCCAGAUGGUAUUGUAUGAGGAGCGCAAGGCUAAGAGGGCCGCGGCGGAGGCGGGGCAGGGGCAGGGGCAGGGACAGGGACACAGUGUUGGAGGGGAGGACGGGGACCGGUUGAUGGGCGGGCUCGGCAGGGAGCCGGUGCUGCACGGUGCUGGUGCUGGUGCUGGUGCUGGUGGUGUGCUGGACGACAUGGGCGGCUUCCACGGCAUGGGCAUGUCGGUGGGGCUGGGGAGUGCCGGCGGCGCUGCGACCGGCCACGGCAUGCUGUACGGCGGCGGCUUGAUGGGCGUGCAGGCCGGAUAUCCGUCCCCGGCUUCAGACCUGUUCGGCGCCAUGUCUGGCCAGGGGCCACUGGACGUCGACCCUAGCCAGCUCGACUGGGGCGCAAUGCGGUGGGGAUAACGGGGGUAUAGACUGGGGAGGGGAGAAAAGGGGCAAGUGGAUGGAAAGAAGUGCGAUGUGAUUAUUUACAGACAAUGUUUCUGGGCUGGGAGAGUCAGAUAUACGUCGAAUAC